AUGCCCCGCUCCAAACGCAACACGACCGUUGCGCUCACGCAAACGAACAAAAAGGACAAGGCGCACAAGGGUCAAUUGAUCCAGACCAUCCGCGACUGUUGCGAGCAGUUUCAAUACGUUUGGGUGUUCGAUGUCGAGCAUAUGAGGAAUAACUUGUUGCAGGAGGUCAGGACCGCUUGGAAGGGGUCGAGGUGAGUGCGAAGGGAAAGGAUGACAGAGUUGGCGAGGAGCGGCGCAGUGUACAGUACAGGGGGUGCAGAGCUGAUCCUCUAGUGUGCGUUGCGUUGCGCUGUGACAGGAUAUUCUUGGGUCGUAACGCGGUGAUGAGGAAAGCGCUCGGUGCGACACCCGAAGACGAGUGCCGUCUUGGCGUUUCCAAAGUCGCCAACGUACGUUACCUCCUGGCUACGUUCCAACCCCCCCAACCCCCUGCUCAUCCUGCUUUGCUCCCUUUUCACCUCGCAGCUCCUCGAAGGUUCGCGCGGCCUUUUGUUCACCAACGAACCGGCCGAUGUCGUGGAGGAAUGGUUCGAGUCGUUCCAGAAGCAAGAUUUUGCUCGUUCGGGCAACGUCGUCGACGAAGCUUUCACAUUACCGGCUGGUCCGUUGACCACUUUUUUUUUUUUUUUUUUUUUUCAUUUUACACCCCUUCACACGGUCAGACUGAGUUCUUCUUUCGCUUUCCUUCCUCCUUCCUCAGGCCCGCUCAAGAUCGACGAUCAACCGCUCGCGCAUUCCUUGGAACCCCAACUUCGCAAACUCGGUCUUUCGACCACGCUCAAUAGGGGUGUACCCACCUUGGCGAACGAACAUGUCGUGUGCAAGAAGGGCGACGCUUUGAAUGCGAAUCAGGUCAACCUUUUGAAGUUGUUUGGGCGGUGUUUGGCGACGGUGAGUUCGCGCGGGCGCACUUCUUCGAAGAAGGGGAUUCGAAGGCAUUUCUUUGGUUCGAGUUCGACCUUGCGAUACUGAUCUCUUCUUUUUUCGGGUGGCUGAUACCUCACUUGUUCGGUUCGGGGUUAGUUCCAAAUCGUGCCGAGAUUAGGCGUCAACGUUCAUGAUGGAUCGAUCGUAGGGUCCAAAGCCGAGUAA